AUGGCGGAUGAGAAAGUGAUUGUUGCUGAAGUCGAGACUAGAGACGCUUAUAGAGCUGCGUACGUGAUCCAUUUCUUGUUGGGUGCUGGCAGUUUGAUACCAUGGAACGCUUUGAUCACAGCCGUUGAUUACUUCGGCUACUUAUAUCCUGACAAGCACGUAGAGAAGACUUUCACCGUGGCUUACAUGAGCUGCUCGCUCUUGGUUCUGGUGUUGACGAUGACUUGGAUCACACGGUUGAGCUAUAGACUGAGAAUGAACUUGGGGUUUUCCAUGUUCAUCAUCUCCAUGAUGGUUUCGCCAAUCAUAGAUUGGGUUUGGAAAGGUGAAAAGAGUGAGAAUUUUUCUUACCUCUUGAUGGUUGGAUCAGUCGUGCUCUGUGGUUUAGCUGAUGGAUUGGUCGGAGGAAGUUUGAUCGGCUCAGCGGGAAAGCUUCCUAGACAGUACAUGCAAGCAAUCUUUGCCGGCACUGCCUCUUCAGGUAUUAUCAUCUCCGUCCUUAGGAUUACGACUAAAGCUUCGCUGCCACAGACACCUCAGGGGCUGCGAGCCAGUGCUCAUUGCUACUUCAUAGUCAGCUCCAUCAUCUUACUCUGCUGCUUUAUUUUCUGUAACGUACUCUACAAGUUACCAGCAAUGCAGCAACGCCUUAGGCUUCACCAGCCUUUGUAUUCGACUAUGACAAUAUGGGGGAUUGGGAGGAAGAUCAAGUGGCCAGCUUCGGGUAUUCUAAUAAUCUAUACCGUUACGUUAUCAAUAUUUCCAGGAUUUAUAGCUGAGAAUUUGAAGUCCCAACUUCUCCAGAGUUGGUAUCCUAUUUUGCUCAUCACAGUGUACAACGUCUCGGAUUUCGUAGGCAAGUCACUCACUGCCCUCUAUCUAUGGCAGAGUAUAAAAUCAGCUACAUGGGCUUGUAUCGUUAGGCUUCUCUUUUAUCCUCUCUUCUCUGCUUGUCUACGUGGACCACAUUGGCUUAGAACAGAAGUGCCAGUUGUUGUCCUGACGUUCAUGUUAGGUCUCACCAACGGCUAUCUCACUAGCGUUCUUAUGAUCCUGGCUCCCAAAACGGUUCAUGCAUCAGAAGCAGAAAUUGCGGCAGUCUUCAUGGUUGUUUUUCUAGGAAUAGGUCUUGUUUGUGGCUCAGUUCUUGGUUGGGUCUGGGUCAUCUAA